CUCGCAAUGAAGAUAACAGCGAGGAUGGCUUCAGGUGGAGGGCAGUGAACAGUGAGCCUCGAGUACGAGAUGAAGCUCAUUGCUCCCUUGCAGUGCGGCCUCCUCUUCCUCCUCCUGCUGAACGGCGCUGUGGGGAACUCUGGCGCAGUUGAAGAAUGCCAUGUUUCCGAGCUGGGAGAUCCAACGAUCGACUCCUUCACCGUCGCCAAAGCUCUCGACACCUUUUUAGAACUAAAGUGCCCCAAGGAAAACUGGAAGAACUUUUCCCUUGUUUUCAAUGCCAAAGACAACUCCAUGGCAGGCUACAUGACCUUCCAACGAGCGGAAGGGGGUGGCGACGUCACGCUCCGGUUUCCCGGCGUCGAAGCCCCUCGGUUUCAAGAAACUCUAUCGCGCGACCUGCCUUUGAGCAACUGGACGCGCUUUGACGUGUCUAUGAAUAGCACCGUCCUCCUGGUGCAGACUGGCCACAUGAUUUUUAAAUUCGACGAUGAGAAAAUUCGGAGUUUCAAACACGUGUUUGUUCAUGUUGACAAGGAUCGUUACAUGAAUGUGAGAUUCGACUGUGUCAAAGAUACGUCUGCUAAUGAGGUCAAGUCUACCUUCAAAGAAAGCCCCAGCGUUGCCCCACGGACCACGGACCCGCCUUCUAGCGGGACCAACGGCGGCACUGUGGCUGCUGUUAUCAUCAUCCUUUUGGUCGUUUUGGUGGCCUGCCUUGGCGUGUGGUGGUGGUGGAGGAAGCGAAAGGAGGAGAACACAUCUUCCUACAAUGUACAAGACGUCGAGAAGGCCAUGCUUGAGGCGGGGGAGGCGAAAGGCAUCGCAGAGAGUGUGCCCCUUAUGGCCUCGACGUCGGAAGGGGCUGCGGGGGGGGAACCGAAGGGAAAUUUUCUAACGCAGGGUCUGGGAAAAUUGGCCAGGUUGCGGAAGGCGGUGGAGAACAGAGUCAGAGGACGGGAGGAAGAUACUCCCAAGGAGGAAGGAGAUGCGCAGAAACUGUGUCCAAAAGAGGGUGAGAGGGAAGGUGAUGGCGAGAGGGGGGAGAAUAUCACUAAAUGCCAGGUUGGAAGCAAACAAGAAGAAGCAGAGGAAGGACGUGGAGACGAAAGGCAAAUACUAGAGAACGAACAGGGAGAGGAGGUGAAGGAAGACACAGGAAGAGGCGAGGUAAAAAAUGGUUCUGAACAUGAGGAAAGGGAAGAGAGAGAAACUGACUAUAAAAAAAAAAUAGGAGAAAGCAAAUACGAAGAAACCAAAUACAAAGAACUGAUGAAAGAAAAGGAAGACAUAGGCGAUGAACAAAUAGACAGCAAAGAAAAUGAAGACUAUAGAGAAAUAGAAAUGAAAAAAGAAGAUAAAAAAGAGAGAGUAGGAAUUGAGGAGGGAGGAUUAAGCGAGGAAGAAAAGGAGAACGAAAAAAAAGAAAAAAGAAGAGACACAGAAGGUAAAGAUAAAGAGAAAGACGAAGAAGAAGAACAAAGAAAAACAAAAAACGAGGAAAAAGAGGAAGAGGCAGAUGAAAGAGCAGGGAAAGAACAAGAUGAAGAGCAGGAUCAAUACGAAAAUGAAGAAGAAAGAAAAUACAUAGGAGGAGAAAAUCAAGAAAAUGAAGAAGGAGAAGACGACGAAGAACAAAAGAAAACAAGAAACAAGGAAGAAGACUCAGAGGAAGAAGCAGAAGAGAAACAAGACGAGGAGGAGGAGGAGGAGGAAGAGGAGGGUGAAGUUGGACUAGGCAUAGGCGGAGCAGAAGGAGAAGAAAUACAAUGGAGAAACCCCGGACAGGACGCACUCGACCCGGACGGCCUCUCGGAAGAGCCUCGGGACCUGGACGGCCUCUCGGAAGGGCCUCGGGACCUGGACGGCCUCUCGGAAGAGCCUCGGGACCCGGACGGCCUCUCGGAAGAAGAGCUCCGGGACAUUGACAUGAAUCUCCGGCUGCUGGCGGUUCAGAGCAGGAUCCUGUCUGUGAUCGACGAGAUGCCGGAAGGGAAGAGGAUAAGCCAAUACGAACGAGAAGAGAGAAGGAAAAGAAGCGAAGAGGCGAGCGAAGGAACGUCGGGAAUGAGAGAGACAGGAGAAGGAAGCGUUGGGAAGGGAAAAGAGGAGGGAGGCGAAGAAGGCGUCGAGAAGGGAAGGAGGGAGGAGGAGGAAGAAGAAGAGGAGGAUAACAAGGAUGUGGAAUAAGCGGAGAAUGUAUGAUAAACUAACGGACAGGGAGGAAUGAAGCGAAGCACAAGGAAAAAAUUCGAAAGAAAGAAGGAAAAUGCGGAUAGAAAUAGAAAUAAAAGACACAGAGGAAAAAUAUGGCGAAGAUGAAUAACAGAAAACAAUAGGAAACAAUAACAAUAGGCUGAAGAAAAGAUCAUGUGAACAUAAAAAACGAAAAAUGAUGAAACAUGGAAUAGAGAUAUAUGAGAAUUAAGGGAAGUGGCGUAAAAAAUAAUAAUUUGCUUAUAUUUGUACAAAAAUAUCAGUUCUUUUUGUCCGGAUGUUAAUGGAAUCAGUGAUUUAAUGGUGAUUUACAUACCGUUGCCUUUAGUAAAUGUAUGUACAUUAUAGUUUGCGAUAUAUAUUUUUGUGAUAUAGAACGCGGUACUCAAUUAUACUCAUGAUUUCACCAUCAUUUCUUUUAUCAUUCUCUCUCUCUCUCUCUAUCUAUCUAUCUAUCUAUCUAUCUAUUUAUCUCUC